AUGCACUGGCAAUCGCUGUUGAUUCCAAUUCUUCCGGCCUCCCUUAUCGAGAUGCUGCAUGCGCCUAUACCUUACCUGAUCAGCGUCCCCAAGCGCAAUUUACUCGAAUGGAGCUUUCUUUGGUUCAUCGAUGAGCAACUGGAUAAUCUGAACAAGGGCUUCUCUCUGGAGAAUAGAUUUGAAGGCCAAGCGCGCAUCGAAGACACCCGCUUCAAAGCGCAGAUUCGGGAGAAUGCGCACGCAAUCAUGGGGAGUGGUCAAGGAUUCGCUAAACCUCUUGCCGCGCCUAACAAUGUCUGCGACCACGUCCCGCCCAAGUCCACGCUCUACGGUCUCAUCCCGUCCAAUUCCGCUGUCUACGACCGCGUGCCCCUCAAUUCCAACGUCUACGACUGCGUCCCAACUAUCUGCAACGGCAUCCCGCGGUCCUCUGGAGCCCUGAGCCGAGAUCGUCUUGUGCGACCUCGCUCUCCGCAUUGUCGCAUUUUUGUGGAUUGCAAUCAGUGUAUGAACAAGAAGCUGAGAAUGCGCGAUGAUGGG